CCAAGCUUUUCAGUUAUUGUAAAUUUAGCUGGCAUAUUUGGAGUUAGCAACUUAAGAAUGCAAUAUAAAUGGUUAAUUUGUGGUAUAAAUAAAUAAAAAGAGUUAAAAACGUGUGUGUAUGUUAAUAUAGUUUCAAUAUUUAUUAAAAUAAAUGUGAUAAAUGCACUUAUUCUAUCAAAAUUUGGUGAAGGUAAAAGACAAAUUUUAUCAACAAAUAACUUAAAAACUAUUAUUAACAGAAUAGUGUUGGUGCUAGUUUUAGCAAAAUAAGCACGAAGUGAACAUCUCCUGUGAAUUUCAUUGAAAAAUUCGUAAUAUUUCUCUCAAAAGAAGUGAUGGGAGAACACAUGGGGUCGGAGCCUUGACAAUUUUUACUAAGUUUUGGCAACUGAACUGCAAACUAGAUAAUUGCCAAAGAAUUGUUCGCGCGCUUUUAAGGAAUUUUAAAAUGACGCAGGAAGUUAGAGUGUUGCAAUGCUUUGACUGUAAAAUCUACCAAGUCGAUUUGGUAAAAAAGGCGAAAAAAUGGACUUGCAAAGUUUGUAAUGCCAAGCAGAGUUUACAGGGCGAAUAUUUUCGUGGAAGUGGACCGGAAUGCCGUACGCGGGUACAGGAGCUGAAUAAACAACGCGAACUAAAUGCCCUGAACAAGGAUAAGAUUGCAUUCGAGCUAGCGAAAAAUUCUGAAUGCAGUAUAGAAACCGCCAUGGAGCACCAGAUACCACAAGGAAUGUCAAGCGAACUUGAGCAGAAAACAGUUCCCAGUAGAUUUUCACAUUUUGUAGCUAAAAAUACUGAAGCAUUUGAGAGAAAUAACGAUAAAUUUCAACUGCACAUUGAUAACCAAAGCAUACAACAGAGGACAACGCCAAAAUCUACAAGUAUUAAACGCUCCUCCGUGGAAAAUGGAGAUUUCAAAAGCACCAAAAAAUGUAGCAAGUGGGAUUUGUAUCUAUAAGAGUAAUAUAUUUUCAUGAGCAAAGGA